AUUUGGGCCACCAGCAGACCUGUUGACGUUACGUCGCCGCCAUUUUGUUUCACCGGGAGCAGAGACGGCGGACCGAGGGACCGGCUGCAACUUUUUCCUUUAAAUUUGGCUUUUUAAAACAGCGGAUCAGUGCCGCGGAACUUAAUUUAGGUUGAUACGUGGAGACAUGGCCACAGAUCACUUAAACGGAAAUGGAACGGAGGAACCAAUGGACACAACUGCAGCGGUUUCUCACUCAGAACAUUUCCCAGCUUUGCUGGAAGCUGGUUUACCUCAAAAAGUUGCUGAGAAGUUAGAUGAACUUUAUGUAGCAGGUCUGAUAGCACAUAGUGACCUGGAUGAAAGGGCACUGGAAGCUUUGAAAGAGUUCAAUGAGGAUGGAGCCUUACAAGUGCUGGUCCAGUUCAAAGAGAGUGAUCUGUCACAUGUACAAAACAAAAGUGCCUUUCUCUGUGGUGUGAUGAAGACAUACAGACAGAGAGAGAAACAAGGAACUCGAGCUUCAGAUUCCACAAAAGGACCAGAUGAGGCCAAAAUCAAAGAACUUCUGGACAGAACCAACUACACGCUUGACGUAACAACCGGACAGCGAAAGUAUGGUGGCCCUCCACCUGAGCCUGUGUACACAGGUUCCCAACCCACUGUUGGAACAGAGAUAUUUGUUGGAAAGAUUCCUCGUGACUUGUUUGAAGAUGAGUUGGUUCCACUCUUCGAGAAGGCUGGGCCAAUCUGGGACCUGAGGCUGAUGAUGGACCCGCUGAGUGGCCUGAACAGGGGCUAUGCCUUUGUCACAUUCUGCACAAAAGAAGCAGCACAGGAAGCAGUGAAACUGUGCAAUGAUCAUGAAAUUCGCCCUGGCAGGCACAUUGGGGUUUGCAUAUCUGUUGCCAACAACAGGCUAUUUGUUGGUUCUAUUCCCAAGAGCAAAACAAAGGAGCAGAUUGUUGAAGAGUUUUCUAAAGCCACAGAGGGCCUCAGUGAUGUCAUACUUUACCACCAACCAGAUGAUAAAAGGAAAAACCGUGGCUUUUGCUUCCUGGAGUAUGAAGACCACAAAUCUGCUGCUCAAGCCCGUCGCCGGUUAAUGAGCGGCAAGGUGAAGGUUUGGGGUAAUCUGGUAUCAGUGGAGUGGGCUGAUCCCAUUGAAGACCCUGAUCCUGAGAUUAUGGCAAAGGUGAAGGUUUUAUUUGUUCGAAACUUGGCCAACAGUGUUACAGAGGAAAUUCUAGAGAACAAUUUCAGUCAGUUUGGGAAACUGGAACGUGUGAAGAAGCUGAAGGACUAUGCAUUUGUUCAUUUUGAGGAGCGUGAUGGUGCAGUGAAGGCAUUGGAGGAAAUGAAUGGAAGGGAGAUAGAAGGAGAGCCUAUUGAAAUUGUGUUCGCAAAGCCGCCAGAUCAGAAGAGGAAGGAACGCAAAGCCCAGAGACAAGCAGCCAAAACACACAUGUAUGAGGACUACUACUACUACCCCCCUCCUCCUCACAUGCCUCCUCCUGUUAGAGGCCGGGGUAGAGGUGGCAACAGGGGUGGUUACGCUUACCCAUCUGACUACUACCCUUACGAGGAUUACUAUGACUACUAUGGUUAUGACUAUCACAACUACCGUGGUGGAUAUGAAGACCCGUACUACGGCUAUGAUGACUUCCAGGCCCCAAGCCGGGGGAGGGGCAGUACUAGGGGCACCCGAGGUGGAACCUCUCCGGUCCGGGGACGUGGCAACACUGGAGCACCCAGAGGAAGGGCUGGCUUCCCCCAACGUGGUGGGCCUGGACCCAGUCGUGGUGUACGUGGCACUAGAGGAGGAGGAGUACAGCCAAGAGGGCGAGGAGGGGUACGUGGUGUGCGCGGUGGCCGCGGUGGAAAUGUAGGAGGAAAGCGCAAAGCUGACGGGUACAACCAACCUGAUUCCAAGCGUCGCCAGACCAAUAAUCAGAACUGGGGCUCUCAACCCAUUGCUCAGCAACCGCUCCAAGGUGGUGACCAUUCUGGUAACUAUUCUGGUUACAAAUCUGACAACCAGGAAUUUUAUCAGGAUUCUUUUGGGCAACAGUGGAAAUAGACCAGUAGGGUUUUGAUAACAAAAUACAUGUUUGUUUUUGUCUUUUUUAUUUAGAGACUUGAUCUGAUUGGGCCCCAAAACCCAUACGGUUGCCUGCGUCAUCCCCCCCCCCCACCAAAAAAAAAAUAAAAAUCAAUCAAGUGAAAAGAUAUGACUUUGUACAUAUUUUAAUAAUCUGCUUGGACUUGAUCAGUCACACUCCCACCUGUUGCUGGCGAGCUGGAGUUUCUUCCUUUCUUUACUUUUUAAAAAAAAAGGUGGUCAAUAAACGAUUGACGUUUGAGAAAUUUUUAGAUUCACAUAUGUGCUCGAGCUGUCCAUUUGGCUAUAGCAUUAUGUAUGUUUUUAGGGAUUCUGGUUUCCAUGUUUUAAGUAGCUAACAGCAACAAGGCAUAUGUCUCAAACAUGUAUUUAAAACGAAUGAAAAUACGAUUUGUAUUGUCAGAGUAAUGCGUGUCUUGUUAUUGAAAAAAAAAAAAACAGGACCAUUGUUGUCCUAUUUUUUUGGCUCUACAUUUUGGCUUGUAUUCUUUACUGUUUUGUCUGCUUUAAUAAACAUACACGCACAUGUGUAAGAAAAACCCUCAAA